AUGGCACUGGCAUCGCUACUAGUCAAGGCGCUUAGCCUUGGAGCAAUUGCACUGGUCGUCCAGUACAUCGUCACCUAUCUGAAUUCACCGCUGAAGAAGAUUCCGGGACCGUUCUUAGCCAAGUUCUCUAACAUCUGGCGCUUCUACAACCACUACAGCCAGACGCACAUCGAGACGCAGAAAGAGCUGCAUGAGAGAUACGGUGACGUGGUGCGCCUCGGGCCGAACACCGUCAGUGUCACAGAUGCAAGUCUGCUCAAAACGAUCUACUCCACACGAGGCACGUUCUUGAAGAGCGACUAUUACAGCGUCAACGAUGCUCUUCAAAACGGUCACCUCAUCCAGAACCUGUUCAGCACACGCAGCAAUGAAUUUCACGCAAAGGGCAUCAAGCCAGUUCAGAAGCUCUACAGCCUGCAGAGCGCUCUGCAGCUUGAGCCUCUUAUGGACGAGGAUCUACGCGUGUUCGGCGCUGAGCUUGAGCGCAGGUUCAUGACUGGUGACCAUCGGGGCAGGACGUGUGACAUUGCUGACUGGAUCUCGUACUUUGCCUGGGACUUUCUUGGGGAUAUGACCUGGAGCAAGCGAAUGGGCUUCAUGGAGCAGGGCAAAGACGUGGGCGGCAUGCUUCAGACGGCGGAGAACGUCAUGCGUUACUUCUCAGUGAUUGGCCAAAUCCCUGCGCUCGACAAGCUGCUGGGGAAGAAUCCGCAGUUGACCAAGCUCUACAAGUUCGACGACUUCGCAGUCGCUGCGGGUUUCGCCGUGGAGCGCUUCAUGGAGCGUAUGCAGAAUCUGUCCGAAUUCAAAGACAAGAAGGAUUUUGUCAACGGCUUCCUCGCGGCGAAGAAAGAGCACCCAGACCUAGUGACCGACAACGAAGUCAUCGGCUACAUGAUACUGAAUGUGUGUUUCCCCCUCGUCACCACUAACGCAUCCUGACCCCUUCCCAGAUCCUAGGCGGCGCCGACACCCUCGCAAUCUGCACCAAAGCAACCUUCUACCACCUCCUGAAAUCCCCGACCGCCAAAGCCAAACUCGCGCACGAGCUGCGCUCGGCCCACCUGCCCAGCCCAGCCCCCUACGAAGCACUCUCCAAGCUGCCCUACCUGGACGCCUGCAUCAAAGAGGGCCUACGCAUCCACCCAGUCAUCGGGCACAUGCUCGAGCGCGUCGUCCCCGCCACCGGCCUUGUACUCCCCAGUGGCACCAUCCUCCCACCCGGCACCAUCGUCGGCACGAACCCGUGGCUCAUGCACACGAACAAGGCCAUCUUCGGCGACGACGCCGCCUCGUACCGGCCGGAGCGGUGGCUGCAGAGCGCCGACGAGAGCAGCGGCGCAUACGCGGCCAGGCUCAAGAAGAUGCAGGACGCAGACAUGAGUUUCGGCGGGGGUAACCGCGUUUGUCUCGGGCGUCCGCUGGCGCUGGUCGAGCUGUACAAGGUGGUGGGGUUCGUGUUUGGGACGUACGAUGUGAGUCUUGCUUUUCUGUUUUCUGCGCCGAAGGGGGGGGAGUGAGUUGCUGGCUGGUGCUGACGCGGUCUAGAUUGAGCUGGAGGAUCCGACAAAGGAGUGGGAUCUGCAUAAGCAGUGGUUCGUGUGGCCGCACGAUGUCAAGGUCAAGAUGAGUCUGGUUGGGAGGGCGCAGUAG